UACACAUUACAGCUGAAACAGUGAGAUCUAGUGGGGGUGACUGUAACAAGAGAACACAGCAAAAUAUUCUGAGGAAAAAGAUAUGGGUGAGAAAAUCAGCAUGGCUGCACUUAUUCUUGUUUUGGCUGCAAAUCUGUUGCAGAGUACGUAUGGUACAACUUAUACGGUGGGAGACUCCUCUGGUUGGGUGAUCCCUUCCAGUAAUACAGAUUUCUAUGAUAAUUGGGCUGACAAUAAGAACUUCGUUGUUGGGGAUGUUCUUGUGUUUACUUUUACUACCGGAACACAUAAUGUUGCCGAGGUGACCGAAGCUGCUUACGACGCCUGCAACGUUGCUAAUCCUAUAUCUACAUUGAGCAGCGGACCGGCGAGAAUUACCCUUAAUAGGACCGGUGAUCACUACUUCAUUUGCGCUUUCCCCGGUCACUGUUCCGCCGGCCAAAAGCUCAGCGUCGAAGUCAGAAAUGGCACCCGCAACAGCAGUGCUCCCGAAACUCCAGGUGCUACCGCUCCUGGACCUUCGGGAACUCCCGGAGCCAACUCAGCUUCAUCCAUUGUUGCUACUCUGUCUCCUUUCUUCUUCAUGUCCGUUGCCUUGGUUUUGUCGUACUUCUUAAGAAACUGGGUAAGUAAGAAUAGGGGAGACCUGAAUACUAAGAACACAGAGGAAAAGAUGGGAAAAAGAAUAAAUUUAGCGUUUAUUACAACCUUCGCCAUUGUAGCUUUGUUGCAGAGCUCUUUGGCACAAAGAGAUUACGUUGUUGGCGAUGCUUUAGGCUGGGUGAUUCCUCCAGGUCCCUCGACUUAUCCCACAUGGGCAGCAAACAGGGCUUUCAGAGUCGGCGACACUCUCGUGUUUAAUUUCAUUAAUGGAGCGCACGAUGUCGCGAAGGUGACGAGGGCUAACUAUGAUUCUUGCAAUGGUGCGAAUCCCCUUCUUAUGUUUUCGAAUAGCCCUGCGAAUGUGACCCUCAACGAAACCGGGAGUCAUUACUUCAUCUGCGCGUUUUCCGGUCAUUGCAGUGCCGGUCAAAAACUGGCGAUCAACGUUAGUGCUGCUGUUUCGUCUCCGGCUCCUCAGCCGUUAACCGCCGUUUCUAAGCCUUCUCCGCGUCCUCAACCUACUACUCCACCAGCUUCUAGUCCUAUGUCGUCUGCCCCUGCUCCAGCGCCUCAAGGUGGCUCGCCGGCACCUGUCUCUGGUCCGACGACUUACACUGUUGGAGACACCUCGGGAUGGAUUGUACCAACUAAUGGUGCUUCGAUGUACCAAACAUGGGCUAAUGGCAAGAACUUCAUGGUCGGAGACAUUCUAGUUUUCAACUAUGUUACUGGUACCCAUGAUGUGCUCGAGGUAUCGAGAGCAGCUUAUCAGCCAUGCAAUGCAACCAAUUCAAUUUCAAACUGGACCACCGGACCAACAAGAGUCACUCUUAGGACGGUAGGCGAGCACUACUACAUCUGCGGAGUCCCCGGCCACUGCGCUGCCGGUCAAAAGCUGGCUAUCAAUGUCUCCACCAGCUCCACAGCAACCCCGCCAUCCUCUUCCUCGCCUUCACCAUCACCAUCCAUGCCAUCCCCUUCCUCGCCUUCACCAUCACCAUCCAUGCCAUCCCCUUCCUCACCAUCACCGUUAUCAGCUACACCGCCAUCCUCCACUAACGGUCCCUCGUCUCCCACCAACCCUUCAUCUCCCGCCGGAGAUAAUAAUGCAACUCCGCCAACACCGGGCACCUCAGCAGCAUCUCUGGGUGUUGCGGGUCUCUCAGCUACUUUCGUGUCUUUGAUUGUAGCUUUCUUCAUGUAA